GUUCCUUCUUUACUUUUUCUUUCUGAAUUCCUUUUUUCAUUUGGUGUUGGGACUUGGGAAUUUAUUGCAUCAAGAACAUUCGAUCGUGUUAUCACUCUAUUCGUGGGAUUUCGGGCUUCUUUAUUUGUUAUGUAGGAUUAUCUAGGGCUUAAUUUUGGUUGUUUGAGUCAUUCUGCCUACAGCUUUGUUGGUUUUCGUAUUUAGUCACUUGGACUUGAGUAAAUGUGUUGCCCCUGCUUUUGAUUUAUUUCCUAACUUGUACCUGUUACGUUCGUCGUGUUGAUCGGUUUUAGGUAUUGACGUGCAUCUUGAGAUCGAAGUUCUUGAAUUGUAUAUAUUCUUUGAGAUAAUUGCUCUCAAAGAUUCAAGAAUCUUGACAAAUGGUGGAGUUCUCCAGCUGCCGUAACUGAACUGAACUAUCUUCAGAUUCCUCAAGCUGUUUCUGUAUCCCAUUAUGUGUGAUCUUUUCGUGGUGGGGGGUGCUUAUGAGCCUAAGUUCUAAAUUGGGUUGUUGCCGAGCUCAUGAGUUAUUCGAGUUUGUACACUGAGGACUAUUAGGAAUUUGUGUCGUUGGAAUGCCUCCCAAGCUAUUUGAGUGGUAUUGCAAGCCAGCAGGCAGGGGGGUUUUGGCUGUGGAAAAUGCAUUUGGUGGUUAUACACUCUGUAUUUUUGACUCAUUGGUGAUUGGUCUCUCGGAACUUGUACUAUUGGGCCUGUGCUUAAACCGGAUAUGGCGAUUAAUGAAAGAUUUGUCAGUUCAGAGAUUCCGAUUGAGGUCAAAUUUCUACAGUUACAUCUUAGGAUUAUUGGCUCUUUGUUGCACUGUAGAGAUUUUCUUUAGAUUGUUCGUGGGAAUUUCCGCAUUCAAUGUGGAUGGUCAACCCGGUGUUGCUCCAAAUGAGAUGGUUUCUCUUGUCAUUGAGGCUUUGGCAUGGUGCUCGGUGCUUGUAAUGCUUGCAGUUGAAACGAAGGUCUAUAUUUUUGAAUCCCGGUGGUCUGUUAGAUUUGGGGUUGUGUAUUCACUGGUGGGGCAGGCUGUGAUGCUGAAUCUUGCUCUCUCUGUCAGAGAUUGUUAUGGAAGGCAUGGUUUGUAUCUAUAUAUCAGUGAAGUUAUUUUACAGGUUGUUUUUGGUGUUAUGCUGCUUGUGCAUAUACCUGAAUUGGAUCCUUAUCUGGGAUAUUCUCCCAUGCAAGUGGAAUUUGCUGAUGGUAAUGCCUAUGAAGAACUUUCAGGCGGAGAGCAAGUAUGUCCAGAGAGGCAUGUCAACAUGUUUUCUAAGCUCACAUUUGCAUGGGUGAGUUCAGUCAUGCGGCUGGGGUCCAAAAGGCCUCUCAAUGAGAAGGAUAUCUGGAAACUUGAUAUUUGGGAUAGAACACAAGUGCUCAAUGACUCGUUUCAGAGCUGCUGGGAGGAGGAGAUUCAAAAGCCUAAGCCAUGCCUCUUAAGAGCUUUAAAUCGUAGUCUUGGUGAAAGGUUUUGGUGGGGAGGCAUUUGGAAGAUAGGAAAUGAUGUCUCACAAUUUAUUGGCCCCAUCAUACUGGACAGACUUUUACAGUCCAUGCAACGAGGGGAUCCUGCUUGGAUUGGACAUUUAUAUGCGUUCUCAAUUUUUGUAGGAGUGGUUUUUGGUGUUGUAUGUGAAGCUCAAUAUUUUCAAAAUGUUAUGCGUGUUGGCUAUCGCCUAAGAUCAACUCUUGUUUCUGCAAUUUUACGCAAAUCUUUUAAACUCACUCCUGUGAGUCACAAAAAGUUUACAGCUGGUAAAAUUAUGAAUUUAAUGACGACAGAUGCUGAAGCUCUUCAGUUGGUAUGCCAAUCCUUGCACAUUUUAUGGUCAGCUCCUUUCAGGAUAAUAGGUGCUCUUGCUCUUCUUUACCUGCAACUCGGUGUUGCUUCCCUUCUUGGUGCACUGGUUCUUGUGCUUCUAUUCCCUGUACAAACAUUUAUAAUAAGCAAGAUGCAAAAAUUGACAAGAGAAGGAGUGCAAUGCACAGACAAGAGAAUUGGUCUUAUGAAUGAAAUUUUGGCUUCUAUGGAUACUGUCAAGUGCUACACUUGGGAAGAUAGCUUCCAGAUAAAAGUUCAAAAUGUCCGAAAGGAGGAGCUAUCCUGGUACCAAGGAGCUCAAAUGCUGGGAGCUCUGAGUACCUUCAUACUUAACAGUGUUCCAGUUGUGGUGACUGUGCUAUCAUUUGGGUUGUUCACUUUGUUUGGAGGGAAUCUGACACCAGCAAGGGCAUUUACUUCUCUUUCACUGUUUGCAGUGCUGCGUCUCCCACUUUACUAUAUUGCCACUGCAAUAACACAGGCUGUAAAUGCAAAUGUUUCACUGAAACGUGUGAAGGAACUUCUCUUAGCUGAAGAGCAAAAUCUUUUCCCUAACCCACCCAUUGAACCAGGGUUACCAGCUAUUUUAAUCAAGAAUGGAGAUUUUGCCUGGGAUCCAAAGGAAGAAAGGCCAACACUAUCAAAUAUCAACGUGGAUAUACCAGUUGGUAGCCUAGUAGCAAUUGUUGGUAGCACCGGGGAAGGAAAAACAUCACUUUUAUCUGCAAUGCUGGGGGAGCUUCCUCCUAUAACAGAUGCAACAGUUGUCAUAAGGGGGAAGGUUGCCUAUGUACCCCAAGUUUCAUGGAUCUUUAAUGCGACAGUACGGGAGAACAUAUUGUUUGGUUCUCCAUUUGAACCUGCUAAAUAUGAAAAAGCAAUAAAUGUGACUUCCCUGCAGCAUGACCUUGCACUCUUACCUGGUGGUGAUUUUACUGAAAUUGGAGAACGUGGGAUCAAUAUUAGUGGCGGCCAGAAGCAGAGAAUUUCCAUAGCUCGGGCUGUAUAUUCCAAUUCUGAUGUUUACAUUUUUGAUGAUCCCUUGAGUGCUCUAGAUGCUCAUGUUGGGCGAGAGGUUUUUGAGAAAUGCAUCAAAGAAGAGCUAAGAGGAAGAACGAGAAUUCUAGUCACAAACCAGCUGCACUUUCUACCACAAGUAGAUAAAAUUCUCGUGGUGCAUAAUGGUAUGAUUAAGGAAGAAGGAAAUUUUGAAGAGCUCUCAAAGAAUGGCACCUUAUUCCAAAGAUUGAUGGAAAGUAUUGGAAACACGGAAAGGAAGGAUGAAAAUGAAGAUGUUGAAAAAUCUGAAAAUAUAACAGUUGGCCUCAGCAAUGGGUUGUUUGAGGAUAUUGAACAAACCAAAGUUAAUGAUAAAAAAUCUGUUCUCAUCAAGCAGGAAGAAAGAGAAACUGGUGUUGUCAACUGGCAUGUCUUGAUGAGAUACAAAAAUGCUUUGGGAGGUGCAUGGGUUGUUAUUAUUCUGUUUACAUGUUAUGUCCUGACAGAAGUUCUGCGAGUUUCAUGUUCGAUUUGGAUAAGUUACUGGACAGAUCAAAGCAGCUCAGAUCAACAUGGACCAAUAUUCUACAAUUUGGUCUAUUUUAUCCUUUCACUUGGACAAGUUUUGGUGACAUUAGCAAGUUCAUUUUGGUUGAUAGUCUCAAGCAUUUAUGCUGCAAGAAGAUUGCACAAUGCUAUGCUCAAUUCUAUCCUUAGAGCUCCAAUGAUCUUCUUUCACACAAAUCCACUUGGACGUAUUAUCAACAGAUUGGCUAAAGAUCUUGGUGAUAUUGACCGAAUUCUUGCUCCUUAUGCAAACAUGUUUCUGAAUCAAAUUUCACAACUUAUUUCGACUUUUGUCCUGAUUGGAAUUGUGAGCACAAUUUCAUUAUGGGCUAUUACUCCCCUUCUAGUAAUCUUUUAUUGUGCCUAUCUCUAUUACCAGAGCACUGCUCGUGAAACAAAACGCUUGGAUUCCAUUACCAGAUCUCCUGUUUAUGCACAGUUUGGUGAAGUGCUAAAUGGCCUUUCGACUAUUCGUGCCUAUAAAGCAUAUGAUCACAUGGCCCAGAUCAAUGGACAAUCCAUGGAUAACAAUGUUAGAUUCACUCUUCUCACCAUAAGUGGAAAUCGUUGGCUUGCUAUUCGAUUGGAGGCAUUGGGAGGCCUGAUGAUUUGGUUUACUGCAGCUUUUGCGGUGUUGCAGAAUGGAAAUUCAGAAGAUCAAAAGGCAUUUGUCUCUAUGAUGGGUUUACUUCUCAGUUACACGUUAAAUAUUACGAGCCUCUUGACUGGUGUGCUAAGACUUGGUAGUCAGGCUGAAAAUAGUUUUAAUGCUGUUGAGCGGGUGGGCACAUAUAUAGACUUGCCUUCUGAAGGUCCAGACAUUAUUGAGAACAAUCGUCCACCUCCUGGUUGGCCUUCAAAAGGAUCUAUUCAGUUUGAUGAUGUUCUUUUAAGAUACAGACCGGAACUUCCUCCUGUUCUGCAUGGAAUAUCCUUCACCAUUCCUCCAACUAACAAGGUUGGGAUUGUUGGAAGGACGGGGGCAGGGAAAUCAAGCAUGCUUUCUGCCUUAUUCCGACUUGUUGAGCUGGAAAGGGGGAAAAUAUUGAUUGAUGAUCGUGACAUUUCAAAGUAUGGACUAAUGGACCUUCGAAGGGUUCUUGGUAUCAUACCCCAAACACCUGUUCUUUUCUCAGGAACUGUUAGGUUUAAUCUCGAUCCAUUGAAUGAACACAAUGAUGCUGAUCUAUGGGAGGCUCUAGACCGAGCACAUUUGAAGGAUGUCGUCAGAAGGGAUUCUUUGGGUUUGGACUCAGAGGUAUCAGAAUCCGGUGAGAAUUUUAGUGUUGGUCAGCGACAGUUACUAAGUCUUUCGCGAGUAUUACUACGCAGAUCAAAAAUUCUCAUUCUAGACGAAGCAACAGCUGCAGUUGAUGUUAGGACAGAUGCUCUGAUUCAAAGAACUAUUCACGAAGAAUUCAAAUCGUGCACAAUGUUAAUUGUCUCCCAUCGUUUGGACACUAUUAUGGACUGCGACUCCAUCCUUCUUCUCGAUGCUGGUCUUGUUGUGGAAUACGAUUCCCCCAAAACAUUACUGCAAAAUGAAGAAGGUGCAUUUUCAAGGAUGGUGCAGAGCACAGGAGCAGCGAAUGCUACUCAUCUUCGAAGCCUUGUACACAGGCGGAGCAAAAACCACAGAUUAGCAACGGACCACCACGCAGCUGCCCGGCGUGCAGUCACUAAUAGUCUCGACCAUCUUUUAAGGUCAGAAAUAUCAGAUAAAGAUGGCAAUAUCCUCUCAAGAACAAGGGAUGCUGUAGUGACUCUCCUGGAAGUCCUGGAGGGAAAGCACGACAGGGAGAUCGAGGAAAACCUCAGAAUGUACGGUGUUUCUUCAGACGGGUGGUGGGCUACGCUGUACCAAGUGAUCGAAGGUUUAGCUGCCAUGAAUGCACAUGCUCAAAAUGCCUUUCAUCAGUCCUCUAGUUUUGGGGGUGAAAUUGAGUGGAGCCAGGAUGUAGGAUAUAAUUGAUUAUUUUCGUAGGAUUUCAGAAAAUAGAAAGUGAUUGAUGGAAACCACAGGAAGCAGUUUAAUCAAGCGACAGGGAUGAUGUAUCCAUACGAUACAGAUACGUACAUUCAUUCAUACGGUACGCAUACAUAAGCUAAAGCUAAUCUAAUUAUUCA